AUGUGUUGUACGGGGAAGUGUGCCCGCUUGGUGGGCCUGAUCCUUCUGCCUUCGGCGUUCGUCUGCAUGAUCGCCAACCUGCUGCUCUUCUUUCCCGACGGCAAACGUCUGGAGAAUGAUCAGAUCUCUCUGCAGGUCUGGCUGAUGGGGGGUCUCAUCGGAGGAGGCCUCUUUAUGCUGUGCCCGAGCUGCUCCGCUAUCAGGGCCGGGGGCAAGGGUUGCUGCGGAAAGGGUUGCUGCGGCAACCGCUGCCGGAUGUUGAACUCGGUCUUCUCGUCGGCUUUCGGUGUGGUGGGCGCCAUCUACUGCAGCAGCGUGGCCUCGGCCGGGCUGGCCAUCGGACCCAAGUGUCGCGUGGUGGGAGAUGUCUGGACGUACCCUUUCGAGGAUCUCGGAACGGGAAGUGGGAGCUACCUGGUCAACCAAACUUUAUGGGACAUGUGCGAGUACCCCAAGAAUGCCGUCAUGUGGCAUGUGGUUCUCUUCUCCAUCCUGUUGUCCAUGGCUGUCCUCCAGCUGGUACUGUGCGGUAUUCAAGUGGUCAACGGAUGCCUGGGCUGCAUCUGCGGGGAUUGCCGAGACAGCAAGGAUGACGAAAGCGGCUUGUGA